GAACCAGUUGCAACUUCAGAGACACCGGACACCGGAGAGAGACAGGGGUGAAGGGGGAGGAUGCUGGUUCGCAGGGCUCGCAGGCGGCGAUGGAGAGGGGCGACCAGCAGAGCGCAACAAACCAAGGCUGGCUGCUGAGCCGCUCCUCCAUGCCCCAGUGAAGCAGGAGAUCGUCGUGCAUCAACUGGCCGGAGACGCCACUGAAGAUCUCCAGGACGCCGCCGAGCUGAGCGCUGACGGAAUGGCCGUGGACGCGCGCCGACCCGUACGUCUCCCGGACUAGCGCGGGGACGUCGCCUGCCCCGCUCGGGUGGUACACGGCCAAGGCCGCCCCGGAAGUCACGAGCCAUCGCGUAAGAUUGCUGCAGCCGAGUUCGACUUCAGUUCCAAUUCAGCCGGCGACAGCUGUUAAUCCGCGUCCGGCAAGAAUUGGGAGCUCUCCGGUAAAUAAAAGGGGGGCGGCCGCGGUGGGAGCAGCGGCUCCAACUCGAUUCGUUCGCCUCCCUCCCCGAUCCCUAAAUCCAAGACACAGCAUCGAUGGCGGCGAAGGUGCUCCAGCUCCGUAGCUCCGACGGCAAGGUGCUCGUCGCUCCGGCGUGGGACUAUCGCCCGGCCGCCGCCCAAGACCGUCCGCUGGAGACGCGGGUGCCCUCGCGCGUCCUCGCGAGGGUGCUCCAGUACUGGACCAAGCACAACCUUGCCAAGGCCACCGGUGAGUCCCGGGAGUCCCUCGCCCGCUGGGACGCCGACUUCCAGCGCCGUCUCGAGGAAGACGGCCUCGCCAAGGAGGCCGCCGCAGCCGCCCAAGAACUCCGCCGCUACGGCGUCGACCAUGGAGGGCGUCCCCAUCGCCACGCCGCCACGGCCGCAUCUGAUGUCGCUGCUCCUGCCAAGGCGGCCCGUGCUGAUCCCGUCCGUGUCUGGUGUGUCAACCACGGAGAACGCAUCCAUGCGCCGGCGAUGCCCGGCUCCUUCGAGGCCUCUGAUAUUGCCUCCGCCGCGCGCCCUGGGCCUGCCACCACCUUGCCGGCCGCUGCUGGUGCUGACUCCGUCGACGUCCGGUGCGCCAUCCGUGCCCGUGGACGCCAGAUGGCUGAAGACGAGGAGUCCGCUUGCCACCACCGCAAGCGCCCGGAUUCCAAGCCUCCCUCUUCGGUCUGCCUGCCUGCCACUGCUGCUGCGCCUGUGAAGAAGGUCUCUCGUCAGGUCGCUUCCAAGGCUUGCUCUUUCGUCGGCUCUACACCACUGCCUGCCCCUGCCACUGCUGUGAAGAAGAUGACUCCAGCAGCUCCAACUCUGCGUGCAAGAAGGGGGAUGGGGGAGCUCAGCUGCAAGGUUCCCAAGCAAAACCGUGUCACCGCUGCAGCACCAAAGAAGCAACCAAUUCCUUGGGUGCGGCCAGUGGUAUUACGCCCUUGCUAGUCUUUUACCUUCGUAAACCAUGCACACAUGAGUUUCAUUUAAUCUUUGCAUCUCUAGGUUCUGCGCUUAACCACCAAGAUGUCUAGUGUUCUCUGAAUCCCUUUCAAUCAUUAGUAAUUUUACAGGAGUGUCAGCAGAGUCUCCAUCUAGCUAGGCAGCAAAAACCUUGUUAAGAUGUGUACGGCAUAGUUACACUACAUCCACACCUGGUCCUAAGUUAAGGGUUUAAGUAAAUAAAGGGCAUUCUCAAUAAAUCAAAGUAAAGCAGAUGAGCCAAAAAAUUGGAACUCAUGUACUGCAAUUCCGGCACGAAACAGAGCGUAAAACGCACUCGCCGCAAAAUCCAAAACGCCCAUUUGCUACCCGGCUUGUAGCAGGAAAAAGGAGUAGAAUUGAACUUGUCGAUACACACGUAAUCAUGUGAGCUGCCUAGCGUUUGGAGACUAUGCUGACUCUCCUGUAAAAUUAAUCUUGGCUGAAUUGGAUUCUUAGGCAUUGGCAUCUUAGUGAGUUAAAGUAGCAGUUUCCGAAGAGUAACAUUGGUUAGUGAACUCUUGUGUGUCUGUGUGGGUGAAGCUUCGAGCUAAGCAAGUCCUUGAUGUACCGACUAUCAAGUCAUACUGUAAUCAAUUUUGGAUAUGAAUGAGAAAAUUGUUGGCCUGAAUUUUGCAGAGCA